UUUUCUUUAUUAAUAAUAAUAUAUUUUUUCUCUUGCGACCUAAAGAAUGAUAAACGGUGCCUCAAGUAUAUUGAGGAAUGAGACAAACUUGUUUUCUUCGGUCUAGUUUUGUACUUGUUUUGUAAUCUAUUUCCGAGACCAUACGCAUUUAAGGUGUAUGCUUCUUAUCCAUUAUUACUCCCUUCUAGAAGAGACAUAAAUUGCCAGUAAUUUGACGGCAGAGCCCAGCAGAUAUUUAUAUAUGUAGUGACAGCAGGGAAACCCCAUCAGCCGCUAACUGUUCAUUCAUAAAAAACGAUUAGCUGGUGUAUUUGAGACGCUUCAUUGCUGAAGGUGUAAACAUAUCAAUACUUUCCGCCCUCUUCUUUUCAUUAGUUAGCUAUUAAAAGUGCACACGAAUGGAAAUUUCUCUUCAGCAGCUCUAAAAAGCAUCCCAGCUUACAGAUGUAAGUGUAGCCAGCCCUGCGAGCGUCUUCAAACGUCAUAGCAGUAAAGUAGCCUGAUUAGUUUUAAAGGAAGGGGUAACUAAUCGCUCUGAAAGGUUCGUGGUCCGGCCCUGUUGUGAAUCAAUGGGACUUGACCUAUAGCUGAAGACUAAUUCAUUCAAAGUUCCCCCACCCUGAUGAUUAUAAAUAUCAAGAACAGACUUCACACUCUUCACUUUUGAUCUCGCCUCUGAGACUCAGCAGCAGAAGACAACGUCUGACACUAUGAAAGAUUUAAGGACUCUUGCGGCUUACGCACUUGCGCUGUUGCUUCUGGCAACAUUUGUGUCCCAUUCCUGGAGUGCGCCCAUGGGCAGUUUUCAGCGUCGGAAUUGGACGCCCCAAGCCAUGUUAUAUCUGAAGGGCACACAGGGACGCCGCUUUGUGUCAGAAGACCGAAAUGAAGGGGACUUGUAUGACACAAUACGCUUGGAGUCACAAAGCCAAAACACAGAGAACCUGAGCAUCUCUAAAGCGGCUGCAUUUCUCUUAAAUGUUCUCCAGCAAGCCAGAGACGAGGGUGAGCCUUACUGAAACCAGCUCAAAGACCGCCAACAACUCACUCUUUCAUCUGAAUGCUUCCAGUUUUGUGAGCCAUGUGGGAAUUUAAUGUUUUCAAGUUCA